UUAAACGUUACCAGUAAAUUAUGUUCAGUAGAAAAGAACAAUUAAUUAAAAAAACUGGUAAAGAUGGAGUUGGAAGAUACGAAUUUUUAAAACAACUUAUUCAUGAAUUUACAACAACAACAUCUUUGGAAGCCAAGAGGCAAACUUUAGCAAAUUUAGCAAAUUUUGCGUAUGACCCAAUAAACUACGAUUAUAUGAAGCAACUGCAUCUAGUUGACCUGUUCUUAGCUCAACUAUCAGAAGACGACGAGGAGCUUAUCCAUUUUGCUCUAUCGGGCUUGUGUAAUAUAUCAUGUGAUCCAGAAUGCAAGGAGUAUAUAAUUUCCUUAAAUGGAAUUAAUUUUAUUUCCAAAUUCUUACUGCAUAGGAAAGAAGAAGUAUCGUUAAAUGCAUUGACAACAUUAUUUUAUUUGUUUGAGUCACACGCUAUUGUUCCGAAAGAAAUAGAACAGAAAGUUAUACAGUACGAAGCUAGUUCAAAUCCACGUUUAAAAAAUUUAGGCAAGGUGUUUUUGCAGACUUAUAUUCCCUCUGAACUGGUGGAAAAAUGAUUGUAUUAAGAACUUUCUCAAAUGUCCUAUCAAAAUUUAGAACGUAUAAAGUGGGUGAUAAAAUUACUAUUUCAAGAAAAAUAACAAAAGAGGAUAUAGAAGAUUUCAAACGAAUCAGUGGCGAUACAAACCCCAUUCAUUCCACUGAAUGCAUGGAAAAGCCUAUAGUCCAUGGGGCAUUUUUAAAUUCCCUUGUAUCUGGUGUAAUUGGUACACAAUUACCCGGGCCAGGCACGAUGGUCGUUCAACAGAUAUUAAAUUUCCCAAAUAAAUGCUUUGUGGGAGAAACUGUGCAGAUAACUGUACAUGUUGUAGAAGAUAGAAAAAUUAUUAAAGUAGAUUUCAGCUGUGUUACUAAGAUUCAAGAUAAAAUUGUUUUAUAUGGAAACGCCAAAUUGAUGAUGGCUAGAAAUAAAUA